AUGUCUCUUCCAGACAGGAUAAUCCACACGCUCAAGUGCAUGGACAGGCCCUCUGACAUCCAACCAUACAGAGAUGUCCUUGCAGUAAGUCGAAAGCUGCCCCCGAGGGAGUGGCAUGAGCUGUGCAAGCUUGUUAAGACCAACAGGAUAUACAACAUCCUGAGGACAGAUCUGUCGAGGAAAGAGGCAGAGGUCCUCGGAAGCGCAUUGAAGAAGGUUUCUUUGAACCAUGUGGACGACAUGAUAGACGUCGUGGUGAAGAAGAGAGAUGGGAACGCGCCAAUCCUCCUGAGAUACAUACUGGAGAAGAAGAAAAAGAUAUCCGUGGAUGCUGUUCAGAAGUAUUUCUGUGAAGAGCUAAGCCGUCAGAUCUCCCUGAAGCAUCUCAGACUGCUCCAUGUGAUGCACAAGAACUACCCUUCAUCCAUAAACUCCACAAUCCUUGACUUCUGUCGUUCCAACGGCCAUCCCAUCUGCAAGGAGAUCCUGGAGUCAGCCAUGGAUGUUGUUGAAUAG